AAACCAGUAAAAGUCAAGGGUUUAUGCAAUCUACGAUUUCCCAAUUAAUUAACUCGCAUUUUCAUCUUCAUUUCAAUUUUAUCUCUGAAUCGAAUCGAUUAUUUGGUCUAAACAAUGGAAGAAGAUUCUCAGAACAAUAGCACCAAUACAAGCCAUUUACUCGGUUCUGUUCCGGCUGUAAUUGCUGAUGCAAAAAAUGUGAAUGCUUCAAAUAAUCAAGUCCCUUAUGCAAAUAUGCAAACAUUCCCUCCCAAUAGUGGAGGAGGAAGCAGAGAACAGGGAUAUCAAACUCUCGGAACUCCAACUGAAACUUUUGGGGAACAGGCAGCUAAUAACUGGCAGGGAUUUUUUAGUGUCUCGUCCUACACACAGUAUUUCAAUGUGGAUACAGAUGUUGUCGUGAACAGAUUGAUAAGUUCCUUGAAUCCAGUCGGUGAUGACUUUUUUGCAAAGAUAGAUGCUAACCCUGAUUUGUAUGGGCUUAUAUGGAUCUCAACAACAUUGGUUUUUGUACUUACCUUACUUGGAAAUCUUGCAACCUACCUUAUGCAAAAACAUAUAGAUGACAAGACUUCGUGGAAAUUUGAUGUUAACUUUGUGAAUACGGCUGCAUGGUCUAUUUAUGGCUAUGUGAUAGUUGUUCCAUUGGCAUACUACUUCUUCCUUCAGUAUAUGGGUUCAAAUGCUAACCUUGUAAGGUUUUGGUGCAUGUGGGGGUAUUCCCUCACCAUUUUCAUCCUGUCCUCUUUUCUAUUGCUUAUUCCAUUUGAGAUUUUUCGGUGGAUUAUAAUAAUCCUUACCGGCGUUGCCUCAGCUAGCUUUGUUGCUUUGAACCUAAGAUCCUUUAUAGGAAACGAUCUUUCAGUGUCCAUAAUUGCAGCAUUUGUCUUGCAAAUAGCUUUGGCAGUCUUCAUCAAAGUUCAGUUCUUCGAAUAAUUAAUUUAAAGCGUUUCAGUAGUAAAAAUAAAACCCAAGCCACCAUCAUCACUACCUCACUUCACUGGCUAACUGUCUGCAGCAAAAAUGGUUUUUUUUUUUUUUUUUUUGUUAGAUGGAUGCAAGAAGAGUUAACAAAGUAAUGUGAUAGAUUGUGCUCCCUGUAUCAGCUUGGUCUGAAUUUGGCCAAAACAAUGUGAACGACUGAUAUUUGGGAAGGUGAAGUACAAAGAUUGGUGCAAUAUUUGAGCUCCCUCCACAAUUAUGUAAAUAUCAGACCUUGCAUUUUGCAGCUUUUCUGUAAGUGAAGAUGUGAUAUGUCACCCCACAUGCUAUACCAUGAUACCCCCAGUGGAGCAGGAAAAUAUAAUGCAAAGAAUCUGUGCGAGGGAGCUUCUAUGUCACGAUAAUGUAUAUGGGAUAUCCAGUAUGCCAAGGAAGGGGAUGUGUUCUUGUUUGCUUCUAUUUUGCUAUGAGUGUGUCAGUAUCUUCUAACAAUUACUUGGUAGUAAUAAGUAAUAAUAUUUAGUCAGAAA